GUUGCGAAAGGAGGGUUUGGAAGACUUGAGAUUCAGAACUUUGAACUUUGUGUUGUCAUUGCUUAGCCUUCAGUCUUUUUGGUGUAUAUUCUAGGCUGGGUUCGUGGCUGUUACAGGAAGGGGGUUUCCUGUUUAAGAGAGCUCAGGAUCUAGUGGCCGAGGAGUCAACACUGUGUUCUUUCAGAAGUGUCCUGACCAGAGUGUGAGCUGUUCCUGGACCAUCCUUCUCCAUGGACCGUACCAACAGUCUCCUGGUACUGCUGCAUGUCCUGGGUUCAGUUACGGUCAGCCUGGGCUGCUUCUGUGACCACUACGCCUGGAGCUCAUGGUCCACCUGCACCAGAACCUGCAACUACGGGACCCAGGAGCGCCGCAGGAGUAUCCAAUAUGAUGACUAUUACUGGAAGAAUAGUUGUGAGCAGCUGUGUCAGAAGCAUGAGAGUCGGGCAUGUAAUGUCCAGGCCUGCUUCAUCCACUGUCAACUCACUGAUUGGGCCAACUGGUCCGGGUGCUCCCCGUGUGCCAAAAAACAGUUAAGGACUCGGUCACUGCUAAGGCCUUCCCAGUUUGGAGGCGUGGAGUGCGAUGCUGUUCUGACAGAAGACAGAGCGUGUUACCCAUCAACAGAGUGCAAGAUGGAAACACUCAACUGCAAAGAGUUUCAGUGUGGCAAUGGUCGCUGUAUCAGCUCCAAACUAACAUGCAAUAAACAGAACGACUGUGGGGACAACUCAGAUGAGAAGAACUGUGAUGAAUUCAAAAUAGUGUGUCCUGUUGAGAAGAGAGUGGUCCCUGGAGCUGACCUCAUAGGAAACGGGUUUGAUGCCAUGGCAGAGGAUAUGAGGGGGGCGGUACUGGAUAACAUGUUCAUGGGGGACACCUGCAACUUGAACAAGAGCAGAGGCAGCAGCUACAGGCUGUACUACCGCGUCCCAGCCAAUGUAGAAAGCUUUGAGAUCAAGGUCGAGAUCCCAGAUGACUUUAAACAGGAACCCCAGCCAGUCUACAGUGAGACCAUCAACCUGGCCUCCCCACCAGUCUCUACCAGCAGUAGUACCUCCAGUGGUGACUCUAGUUUCAUCUGGGUCCCGAUCUUCUUCUUUGGUUCCAGAAGCCACCACCAGUCCAACACAGGCAACUUCAAGCAGGCUAUUUCAGCUUCAAAGAAGACGGACUCCCAGUUCUUCCGAGUGCACCAGGUGUUACCUGUAUCCAGAUUCAGGGUGAAGGAUUCAGACCUGUACCUGACAGAGCCCUUCUUACAGUUUCUGACCAGCCUGCCUCUGGAGUACAACUACGCUCUCUACAGGGAGAUCUUCAAGCACUUUGGGACCCACUACUUUGCCUCCGGGACCUUAGGGGGACACUAUGAUCUGCUUUACCAAUACAGCAGACUGGAGCUUAAGAACAGUGGUUUAACAGAAGAGCAUACCAAAGGAUGCCUAAAGUCUGAGUCGAGCAUGAAUAUAAUAAUAUACUCGCGAAGUUCAAAUGUUGUAAGAUGCUCCGACAAUACAAUGACUCAAAAACACGAAGGCUCUUUCGUGCAGUCGUCAGAAAAGUCUUUCUCCAUGGUGCGCGGAGGCAGGACCGGAGAGGCUGCAGCCCUGGCCUGGGAGAAUAAAGGGGCUGCUCCUGACAGCACCACUUAUAAGAACUGGGCCAAUUCACUCAUAGACAACCCUGCUGUUGUGGAUUAUGAGCUGUUGCCCAUCAUCAAUCUGGUCAAGGGGAUCCCAUGUGCUGCCACAAAAAGAAGGCAUCUGACCAGAGCUCUGGUGGAGUACCUGGAGGACUUUGACUCCUGCAAGUGUGCCCCCUGCCCUAACAAUGCCCGUGCCAUCCUCUCUGGCACAGACUGUCAGUGCAUCUGCCAGACGGGCACCUACGGGCCCAACUGUGAGCAACGGGCGCAAGACUACACCUCAGAGGCAGUUGAUGGUUACUGGAGCUGCUGGGGGACAUGGAGUGCCUGUGAUGCAUCCCUGAAGAGACAUCGCACCAGAGAGUGCAACAACCCCGCUCCCCUGAGGGGGGGCAAACUCUGCCAGGGACCGGUCAGACAGGAGGAGGGAUGCUUCAUCUCCAUCUUCCAAGAGCAAAAUGUAUGUGUUAAUGAUGAGGACUUUGCCACAGAGGGGCGGGCGGAGGGCUUGCCUCCCGGCGUGGAGGGCUGUCCAAGACCCAAGCGUCCUGCCAACAGUCACCUCAGGAAAGAUAAGCGUUACUAUGAGUUUGGCGACAUGGAGGAGUUCCUGUGCUUCACAGGGUUUGAAAUGGAAGGUUACCAGUUCAUCAACUGUCGCCCUGAUGGGACCUGGACCCCGCCCACAGGGAUGUGCAUCAGGAAGGUCUGCUCCCCGCCUGCCGUGCCUGAGGGUAUGACUCUGUACCCCUCCAAGAAGGAGUACAAGGUGGACCACUCCGUGGGACUUGACUGCACGGAGAGAGGCAUGGUUCCGUCAGAACAGGGCUUCUACACCUGUGCCAAGAGUCUAACCUGGGAGCCUCCACUUCCUAAAGACCUGCACUGCAAAAUAGAUAAGCCAUUUGUUCCUGACAAUCAAUGUGGGAGAGGAGAGAGGCACAUUGGAUCCAAAUGUAUCUGCGUGGCACGUGAGACAUGCCUCCCAUACAAAGCUGAGUUCUGCAUCUUCAAUGCUGAAGUUGGCAGUGGUGUGAUGAUGUCUUACUGUGGUUUCCACUCGGGCCGUUGCCAUGGUGACCAGCUCUUCUUCAUGAAUGUGGGCCCGUGUGACGAGGAUGUGGUCAGCCUGGACUGGGCCAAGUUCAGGAUCAGCAUGGCUGCCAAGAGCUCAGUCCAGGAGCCCUGCGACUCUGACACCUGCUACGAGUGGGAGAGCUGCACCGAGUCCAAACAAUGUAUGUGUAAAGUUCCCCGGGACUGUCCUAAGGAGGGAGAACACAUGUUCUGUGUGAAGCUGCUGAAGACCCAGAGCAAGAGGAGUGUGAAUCUGUGUUUCAUGGCUGCCAUCAAGUGUAGAAAGAUGGAGUUUGAGAUUCUCAACGAAGGCCUGUGUGAAGAGUCCACAUAACCAGGUCCUACUGUAGCUUUCCUCUUCCUGUAUUCUAUCACUCUCUCCCUCUCCAUUAUACCAUACAGCACAAUUUAACUGUAAAGACUGAUGUUCUGAAGGAGCUGAUUUUUGUCCUGUUUGAAUUGCAGCUUUGUUCAACUUAAUUUGUUAAUAAUCUAGCUUGAAGUUAACUUCUUUGCAGGUUAUUUUGUACUUGUAUGUAUUUUUUUAUGUCCUUUUAUGACUAUUUGCUUAUGUGUUUUUAUGAAAUCAAAUAUAUUUUGGCAAAAUGUGGUGUUUAAAUGAAAUUAACAAAAACAAAUCUUUUUUUAUCCAAUAUUAUUUUAUUUACAACAACUUGCAACUACAUGUAACCACCAAAAUAAAGGAAACACGAACACAGUG